CCGCGAAAACUACAUUUCCCAUAGGACCUGGCGAUCGAGCACUAUGGAGUUACAUGUGGUCCAUCUGGAGAGAAAGAUCCGAGAUCUCCUGGAAAAUCUGGGUUUUGAGAUUUACCCGUUUAAGGUAAAAUGGUACAAUGAGGUUCUUCCUACAACUUUACAUCUGCGGUACUCUGAUGAUACUCUGGCAUUUGUAGUACUUAGCAUUCCUGCUAUGUUUGACAAGGCAUUCAAACCCUUUCUGAAGAAACAGCUGCUGAAGAAGAUUCACGAUCCAGUGGAUCAAUGCAUUUCUUAUCAUCUCUCGAUGAUUAGAGAGAGUCUUGCUGACCAGAAGAUGGAUAUCAUGUAUGAUUAUGAGAUCCUGCCCAACAGGAAGCCCAAAUUCCUGGCCCAAACAGCAGCACAUGUGGCUGGAGCUGCAUACCUCUAUCAGAGAAAAGAUGUACAUCGAGAUUCCUGGGGAGAAAAAAAGAUCUAUGGUGUUUGUAUUCACCCCUCUUAUGGAGGUUGGUUUGCAAUUCGGGGUCUUCUGCUUUUCCCAGAUAUCAAGGUACCCUUCUUGCUGCAGAAAAGCCCUAUUGAUUGUGUACCAACAGAAGAAAAAAGAAUAGAACUACUAGAGAAAUUCAAUUUUCACUGGCGGGACUGGAGCUAUCGGGAUAUUAUUGAAGUAAAAGAUAAAUACUCAGAAGAACAGAAAACCUAUUUUGCAACUCCUCCAGCUGAGCGGUUAAAAUUGCUGAAACUGGAGGAAGAAUUGCAGAGAAGAAUAAUAGUCUAAGUAGCUAUUAUCACUGUGCAAAAAUAUACAAAAUACAUUCUGUUCUGCCCAUUGCUAUAUAGGGACAGAAUCGAUGGAUGAGUUGGUAAACCCAAGAUGGAAGGCAAAUGCACUUUGCAUAGAGUUAGUGAGCACAGGAGGAUUUGCUUUCAAAUAAACACAGAAUUGAAUUACAAUGUUAGUAACACCUGUAUAUUCAGGCAUAGAAAUGUGUAAGCUAUAUUAGUGAUUGGGGGAAGGGGGUCAGAAUGAUUCUUUGAUAGAAGGGGUAAAAUCGUAUGCUAAGGAAGGAUAUAUUUAUAAAUUGCACUUUUUGCUAUCCUGUGGGAGAAAUUCUCCAGACAGCAAAUGUUCAGAAACAUAUUGUCUGGUAUUUCACAAUAUAAAGUUAUUUCUGGUACGAUACCCUUUUAGUAAUUCCCAGCACAUACUCUGAAGCUUUGAAAUCAUUUUCAUUUUGUUUGUUUGGUCGGUUGAUUUCCACUCUUUCCAGUGCUCCUAAAUGAGCAUUUGGGAGGCUUGUCUAACCCAUGUGAUGAAAGAGAACUUAAGCAGUUUUAAAGAAUGCACAAUUAAAAGACGCCAAAUGAUUUGAUCUUUACUAUAUGUUAAUUAUGUGAAAAUUGUGUGGCAAUUAAGCAGUUUAGUGAGAAGACAUAUUACUGAAUCACAUUGAACAGCAAUUUAGAUUCAUAUUUUUGAGAAAAGCAAUCCUGCAAAAUUAUGCUGAUGAAAAUGGAUACUUUUGCUGCCAAAUUUAGUAUUAGAUCCCUGUGUUGCCAUUAGAGAUAUCUUGUCCUCCCCUGACAUAGGGGGUAAAUGGAAACCAGUGCAUGCAGCAGGAAUUCUUAACGGUACUACAUUAUAAAAAUGCUUCAUGAUCACAAAUGGAGACUUCUUCUGGUUGAAGAAGAGCCAAAAGACAAUUGACUCUGCAAGUGUACAGAGUGGAUCUUCCUGUCUCGCCUCACUGCUAUUAUUUAUCUCCAUGGUUUUCAUGUGAUUUCCAAACAGCUUUGAUUUCUCUUGUUUCAUUGCUCCCUAACCAAGGUUCUUUUUCUCUCAUUCUUUCAGUAAAACAUGAAUUUUGUAAUUGUCUACUAUGGGACAAUGCUUGGAUUCAUUCCUGUAAGAUUUGAAUAUAUAUUUUCAGUCUUCUUGUAUGAUUUGAAAAUGCAAUGCAACCCUUAAAAUCAGUUAAAACAGUUAAUAAAGAAACAUGUUCCAUCUAAACCAGGAAGAAGGUGCCCUCAUUGCUGGCUUUACUACACAUGGAAAAGCGCCUUGGUCACCUUCUUUUGUAACCCCUCAAACACAGUCUGCUUUCACCAAAAACAAAUAUGUGGUCAUCUAAAGGUUGUCAAUUACCUCUGUCCUAAAAAAUUUUUUUUAAAAAGAAUAUCUGCACAUUUUUUGUCAAAACUGAAUACUCCUGAUGGGUGAGGACAAUGGAAGUAUACUGUACAGUAUAAGGAAAGGGUCCAUAACAUUCAUCCAGGAGAAGAUUCAAGGGUAUCAAAAUGAAGGGAUGUGUGUCAUUUUGAUGCCAUUGGGCAAAGGACGAGAAUACUGGGCUUUUGUUAAUUUGUAGCAGAUUGCAUUGUGACACAAUUAUAUCAUUGUGUCAUUUGUG